GAUGGAUUGCCUUGAUUUGUUAGAUUGAAAAUAGGAGAUUGAAGCUGAUUGAUAUCCUCGAAAAAACCAUAUAUCGCGCAACGCUUGAUGAGAUAUAUGAAUUAGGGAUUUCCCAGAUUUUUCAACCUUACAAGUUUUCCAAAAAUCUUCUGAGAAAAUUGCUUAUUGGUUAGAUUCAGGAUGACAUGAGAAAUGAAAUUCCAAGAAAAUACACUACUAUUGUAUUGCUUAAUAUUUCUAUUGCAUUAAUUAAAUAGCCAACUAGGAGUACAAUAUAUUGGAAGAGAUAGAAUUAAUAAAGAUCUAAUUCAAUUACCCGCAUGUUGUGAGCACUAAAUAGAAAGCUUAAAUGCAGUAGUAUUUAUCUGAUUACAAGUAGUAAAUCAUUAAGGAAUACAAACAAUAAGCUUUUUAUUGAAAGGAUACAAUUAAUAGA